CUCCUCUUCCCGUCAAUUUAUCUCCUAUAUCAUAUCAGCACUUCCAAAACCAACAUCUCCUUAUCAGUUUCUCUCUUCGAUUUCGCUAGCCUUCGAGUUCUCCGGAGAUUGUUUUCAAAUCGGCUACAGAUCAUGAGAGAAUACAAGCUGGUCGUUUGUGGUUGCGGUGGCGUCGGCAAAAGUGCCCUUACAGUACAAUUUGUGCAAGGACUUUUUGUGCAAUCUUACGAUGCAACGAUUGAAGAUAGCUAUCGAAAGCAUUUUGUCGUCGACGGGGAGGAUUGCCGUCUGGAGAUCCUCGACACGGCUGGUACGGAACAAUUCUCCGGUAUGAGAGACCUGUAUGUGAGGAAUGGACAUGGAUUCAUACUGGUAUACUCUGUGAAUGAUCGCGAAUCGCUUGAAGAAUUGCGGGAAAUUCGAGACACAAUUGUUCGCAUCAAGCAGGACCCAAAU